AUGCAGGACCUGAAGUCGAUCAUCCAUUUACGUGGCCAAGCAAAGGCGAAGGUUACGCGCAUUCGAAAGGCGAUUGAAGAAGCUGCCGCGGCUGGUGCCCAGUAUGACGCCGCGCAGCUGAAAGUGUUUUCCCGGAACCUGGAAAAACAUUUCCAGGAAUACCUUGACCUCCAUCAUCAGGUGAUGGCGGUUUGCCCUCCCGAGCGCAUGGAAGAGCAGGACCAGGGCUACCUGAUUUUCGAGACCCACUUCAACGAGACCAGCGUGUUGGUGGAACGAGCAAUCCAGGUAAGCCAGUGUAAUUUCGCAAUGCAGCAAGUGCAAGCACCCGAGAGCCGUCGCAUCAUCGUACAGCAGCAGCCAUUGAAGGCUCCCAUCCCGACCUUUGAUGGCAAGUCUGAAAACUGGCCUCGCUUCAAGGCUAUGUUUUUAGAUGUGAUGCAAUCCUCCACAGACUCGGAUUGCAUUAAGCUGUACCACCUCGAGCGAUCCCUAGUUGGAGCAGCUGCUGGUAUCAUCGAUGCCCGAACUCUCAACGAUAACAAUUACCAGCACGCUUGGGAGAUUCUCGAAGACCGGUUCGAGAAUAAGCGAGUUAUUGUGGAUACCCACAUCCAGGGACUACUCAACCUGCGGCGGAUGAGCCGAGAGAAUCCGAAAGAGUUGCGAGAGCUCAUCGAUGAGGUGACCCGUCACGUCGAUGGGUUGGCCUUGAUCGAGGACGAGUUGGAAGGAGUUUCCGAGAGAUUUGUGGUGAACCUUAUUGCUAGUGCCCUGGAUAAAGACACCCGAAAGGAGUGGGAAGCCACCAUCCCCUACAAAGAGAUACCGACAUACAGCGAUACGAUCGGUUUUCUGAAGAAGCGUUGUGCUAUCCUUGAGCACUGCGACGGAGCGUCCAAGCCUGCAGUGAAGACGAAACUGAAUGAUCCCGUGAAGAAUCCGUACAACCUGGUGAGAGGCGCACAACCCAGCUCGUGUGCUGUCACUGGGAGUUCCGAACCAUCCUGCGAGCUGUGUGCUGGAGUACAUCCCAACUUCAAGUGCGAAGUCCUGCGUGCGAUGUCCAUCCCAGAACGUCAAGCGAAGGUCCGAGAGCUGCGGCUGUGCUACAACUGCCUGCGGAAAGGCCAUCCGAGCAGUUCCUGUAGUUCGACGCGCACCUGCCAGAAAUGCCAAGGUAAGCACCACACACUUUUGCACAUUGAGACCCCGUCAAAUGCGAAUACCCCAGCCUCUGAUAAUCCUCUGGCAACCAUGCCAGGUAGCGAACAUGUACCCAAACCCUCAGAAGUGAAUCCCGUUCCCUCUGUUAGCACCACCUGCUCAGUUAGCGAAGCUCCCUGCCUUGAUAACAGCCUCUUGAUGACCGCUGUUGUAAAUAUUUUGGAUUGCGAUGGCAAAUACCAGCCAUGCCGUGCGUUUUUGGAUUGUGGGUCCCAGGCUCACUUUGUCUCACGAAGGAUGAUUGAUUUGUUGCGAAUUCCUACAACUCGUACUACUGUCGAAAUCAUUGGGGCCAACGGCAAGAAAUCUACCCUCUCUGAGAUGGCCGAGGUUCAAAUUCGUUCCAUGCAUUCCGAUUUUCAAGCCCUGAUGGAUUGUCUCGUUACGGAUCAGAUUACAGAUCCAACUUUCCACACUCCCGGUGAAAUAGACCUCUUGAUUGGAAUCAAGCUUUUCUUCAAGUUGUUGAUGCCCAGUCAGUUGAAAAUUUCCGACCAACUCCCUGUACUCCAAGAAACUCGCCUAGGGUGGGUUAUUGCCGGCGCCGUUGAUGAUAUGAGUUUGUCCUGCAGUCAACAGCAUUGCAAUGUUGUUACCGUCAAACCACUUACCACAUCUUUGGAAGACGCUCGAGCUCUAGAAGUUUUUGACUACAUCCCAGCGUUGACAGGUGAAGACCCGCAAUGUGAAGUCAAGUACCGCUCUACAACCGUUGAUACCCCAGCCGACGAAAGGCUGUACAUGUUGCAACAAGUUUUCCCGCAACAGCGCGGCCUGCCGAUCAUCAUCGUCAUCCAUCAUCGAACGGCAGCGAGCGUCGUCGUCACCACCGCAGCUGCCUGCGCGCUGAUUGGUUGA